AUGUCCUGGUGCACCAUCGAGUCCGAUCCUGGUGUCUUCACGGCCCUCAUCGAAGACAUUGGCGUGCGAGGCGUACAAGUCGAGGAGCUCUACACACUGGACGAGCAGCAGUUUGCCGGUCUUUUGCCCGUCUACGGCCUCGUGUUUCUGUUCAAGUACGAGUCCACGCACGGAGAGGAAGCCGAGCGUCCAGUCUUUGCAGGAGACGAGGACGGCCUGUUCUUCGCCAAGCAAGUGAUCAGCAAUGCCUGCGCCACGCAAGCCAUUCUGUCCAUCCUGCUCAACGCACAAGACAUUGAGCUGGGCGAGACGCUGUCUGAGUUCAAGGCCUUUACCAGCGACUUCCCGCCGGAACUCAAGGGCCUUGCCAUCUCCAACAGCGAACAGAUCCGACUUGCUCACAACUCCUUUGCUCGAGCAGAACCGUUUGUGGAAGACGAGCGGAAGGCGACCGAAGGCGAUGAAGCGUUCCACUUUAUCGCCUACGUACCCGUACAUGGCAAGGUUUACGAGCUGGAUGGGCUCCAGGAAGGUCCCAUUUGCCUCGGCAAUGUGCCUGACGAAGAAAAGCGCGAGUCCUGGCUGCAGGUUGCGUGUCCUGUGAUCCAGAAAAGGAUCGAGAAGUACGAGCAAUCUGAGAUCCGCUUUAAUUUGCUGGCGCUCGUGCGGAACCGGAUUCAGACGUAUGAAGAGCAGCUCCAGGCGGUCGUAGAGGCAGGUGGAUGUGAACAGCAGGCGGGACAGAUCCAAGUAGACAUUGCGAUGGAGCGACAGAGGCGCGAGAACUGGGCGCUGGAGAACAAGCGUCGCAAACACAACUACAUUCCACUCAUCGUCCAGCUGCUCAAGACGCUAGCCGAGAAGAAGCAGUUGGAACCGUUGAUCAAGCAGCAGCUUGACGCUGGCGACCGCGCUGCAGUUGUAAACUCCUCGACCACCUCGUAG